AUGGCGCCUCCUUCGGAGCGACGGAACCGGCUCAAAAAGGGGAAGAAGGCGGGCAGCGAGUCGCUGAGGGGGAGACGCCUUGCCGAGCUCCAGAGAGAUUCUCUAGACUGCAACGCCGCCGAGGCCCUGCAGGGACCCGCGGCUGAGCGGCCGACCGAAGAGCAAAAGCGGGCGGCAGCUGAAGCGAAACUGAGAGCCAUGUGUGCUGCGUUUUGGGGAGAUGAAGAUGGGGAAAUCGUGCCGGCAAGCUCCUCCGUCGCUAGCGCCGCCUCCGCUGCAGAAGAGGGCUGCCGAGCGAAGUGCCGUCGUGGCGCCGAAUCGGCCGCAGACACAGCGGGCGUGUCUUCCCUCCCGGCCGAUCGCGCUGCCGACAGCGAGGAACUGAUGGAGACAAGCUGCUGGAAAAAGCCGCGUAGGAAGGACAAGAGUGCGCAGCGCGGCGUUGCUGGCUGUGCACUGUCAUCAUCUGCCUCGGACUCCAUCGAACACAUCCUCGACGCGGAUUUCUUGCUGCCCUGCAAGAAGCGGAGGAAAGGCGACGAGAAAGAGCGGCCGAUCAACAGCUCGGACGUCGGCGGGUCCGCCUCGCCCAACGCUCCCGCUCCAGUCUCGGCACGCGACGACUCGACGGCGCAGGCGCGGGGCGACCGCGCGAGUGCGCAGCGGCACUCUGCAGGAAAAGGAGCUCCUGCCUCUUCGGCUGGACGAGGCUCUGGGCUGUUCGGAAGGCGCGACAAAGGGGAAGGGCCACCUGGCGGCGAGUCGGCCGCGGAGAAAGCGAGAAGGACGCGCGAGGAGGAAGCGGAGCGGAAAGCUAGGACGAUGUUCGAUGAAACAGUUAGAGACAUUCGCAAGCUGGUGUAUCCUCACCUCGGGACUUUCCAGCGUCGUCAGUACUUCAGCGCAGCGCUUCGAGCCUUAGGAGCGAAAAAGCUGAAGGGGCAGCGCAUGCCACUGCCUGAGCUGCGGUCGAGGCAGGCGCGCACGAAGGAAAAUAUUGCAAAGAGGCUUGAAGAAGAGAGGCACCUUGGGGUGUCCACGCAUCUCGAUAGGCGGGGCUACUUGCAGGCUGCUGAACGCCACAAGAAACACCAGCGAGAGCAAAAACGCAGCCGUCAGCACGUGCGCAGCGCUCUUGGUUCGGCUGGACGCCUCGACAAGCAACAAAUGAAGAAACUGCGAGUGAAGGCCUCUUCGUAA